AUGAACAAGGAUAGAGAAAUUACCCUGGAUAAGAUUUCACGAUCACGGAAUUUUGAUGCAGACAAUGACAACUGCAAGCAGGCGCCAAAAAUACAUCUACUAGUAUCAGUUGUAGUAAUAAAUGAAACAACUGAAUACAUCCUUCCUUUAUUUGAGUCGAAACUCGAAAGUGUAUCAGGAAGGGCUAACAGCAUAUUCAGCAAAAGACAAAACUCAAGUGUUUCUGCUCUGUUUGGUACAACUUCAGCUUCCAGCUCGCCCUUGUUUGGGAUGGCAUCCUCCACUGGUAGCACCACCUCUUCCCUUCUUGGGACGCCGUCGUCUGCUGCUUUUGGACCAUCUCCGUUUGGUGCACCUGCUUCCACUUUUGCUUCCGCUUCUGUCUCAUCUGCGUUCGGGUCGGCUCCAUCCACUAUAAGCUCUUCCCCUGCCUCUAGCUUCUCAACAGUUACCACCACCACGAGUGCAUCAACACCAGCAGCUGGUACCUCUGCUUUAGCCGCGUCUUUUGCAUCAUCGGUAGCGAGUUCGUCAUCAGUAGCUUCAGCUGCUACUACUGGUUCAUUUAUCGGUUUUGUUGGGGUUUCCACUACUGCUUCUUCGGGGACCACCAGCUCUGUUCCAAGCUUCUCUUUGUCAACUGAGGUUACAACUCCGGCUUCGUCACAUGCCCCUUCGACCACUCCUGCCCCUUCAUUUGGUAUUACCUCUACUGCUGCUGCAACAACCACUGUUACCUCUACCAGUACAGCUGCUAGAGUGCUCUUGCUCGAGACCCUUCUCUUAGCAGCAGAGCACAAGAAUGAUGAGCUUGAAGAGCAGAUCAGUUCCCUUGAGAGGCAAUUGCAGAACCAGAGAGAAGCUGUGGUGGAGGGGAGCUACACAAAAAAGCUCCGAGAGGCUAGUUACUGGGCCAUAAGGGGCGCCAUGACAAUGGCUUCCAUAAUAGUUGGUCUCGGGGCCACAGUUGCUAAUUGGAAGCCGAUGGCGACCACUAGCUUCUCCGGAUUCAUUGGAGCAGUUUGGGGCUCUGCUGUGGGAGAGCUUCUGAGGAGGUGGUAUGAAAAAAAACCACAGAAGCUCUCCUAAAGCUUGCUAGGGCAAGCCAAGAAGCCACGGAAGAAACGGUGGAAUCAGGGCAAGUUCCUCCGGUACCAGUAGCUGCAGAUAUCACCCGCCCUUGGUUGGUUGCAGCUCUCAAGGGCAUUUGCUUUGCUGCCAGGUCGGUCCCCCCGCUGUUGCCGACACUUUUCAGCGAGAACUACGCCCUGAGGAUGUGGAUGGCCACCACCAUCUUCUUCCUGAUCGGCAUAGUUGGCGGGAUCUUGGAGAAGGCUUCAGUGGUCCAGUCUCCAGUUCGGGUUGUUGUUGCUAGGUGGUUGUCGAUCGCCAUUAGUUUCGGCUGCAACAGGAUUUACGACCGUCUCGUAAUCAAAUGAGCUAUGUUGUUAUAGAUCAAACUAUUUGGGGGCCAAAUUGUAAAUAAAGAAAGAAUAUUGGGGGAAAGAGUGAGAAAUAGAUAACUAGUGGGAUAACAGCAGAAUAUCAUGCCAGGUGAACAUUCAGCCGAUCGUGCCAUACUCGCCAAUGAAU